CCACUUCUCGCGAUGUUAGAGAGAGGACGUGCUUCCGGGUGAGGCACACAGAUCACCGCGUGGAACACAUUCCUGUUGGAACUGCGACUAGCGAAGGCUUUCUAGGAGAUAAGUUUGUUUCGGGUUUAAACUUGGUGAAAAAGCGUCAGAGAUGCUUGUUUUAUUUGAAACCGCUGCUGGUUAUGCAAUAUUUAAAGUCCUCGAUGAGUCAAAGCUCCAAGAGGUGGACAGUUUAUGGAAGGAGUUCGAAACUCCGGAGAAGGCCAACAAAGUAGUGAAGUUGAAGCACUUUGAGAAAUUCCAGGACACAACAGAGGCCUUGGCAGAGUUGUCCCGGAUAACUAAGCGCUGUUAUUGUGAAGUGGAAACGUCUAGGAGCAACUUUGUCCCACAGCUGAAGUUCAGCCCUGACAAAGUGGAUACCAUGAUCGUUCAAGCUAUCUCUCUGCUGGAUGACCUGGACAAGGAGCUCAACAACUACAUCAUGCGCUGUAGGGAGUGGUACGGCUGGCACUUCCCUGAGGUGGGGAAGAUCAUCACUGACAACCUGGCCUACUGCAAGAGUGUCCGGAAGAUAGGCGCUCGUACCAACGUGGCAACCACCGACCUGUCUGAGCAUCUCCCCGAGGAGGUGGAGGCAGAGGUCAAACUGGCUGCAGAGAUCUCCAUGGGAACGGAGGUGUCAGAGGAGGACAUCGGCAACAUCAUGCACCUGUGUGACCAGGUGAUAGAGAUUACAGAGUACCGCACCCAACUGUACGACUAUCUGAAGAACAGGAUGAUGGCUAUCGCUCCCAACCUGACUGUCAUGGUGGGGGAACUGGUAGGGGCACGGCUCAUCUCACACGCUGGGUCCCUGUUGAACCUGGCCAAGCACCCGGCCUCCACAGUCCAGAUCCUGGGAGCAGAGAAGGCCCUGUUCAGAGCCCUGAAGACGCGCAGAGACACGCCCAAAUAUGGUCUCAUCUACCACGCCUCUCUGGUGGGACAGACCUCGGCCAAGAACAAGGGCAAGAUCUCCAGGAUGCUGGCAGCCAAAGCAUCUCUGGCGAUCCGCUACGAUGCCCUGGGAGAGGACACAAACGCUGAGAUGGGAGUUGAGAACCGUGCCAAGCUGGAGGCCAGACUACGCCACCUAGAGGAGAAGGGAAUCAGAAGAAUCAGUGGAACAGGCAAAGCCAUGGCGAAGUCUGACAAAUACCAACACAAGAGAACCAGAGGCUUCAACGGCAGCAGAAGAAACUCCCAAGAAGAAGAAAAAGAAGUCCAAGAAAGCCGAGGAGGAGGCGAUGGACGUAAAGGAAGAGGAGGCGACCGUCUCUCCCACAGAGGAAUCGUCAAAGAAGAAGAAAAAGAAGAAAAAGGUCAAGGAGGAAGAGGGAGAUUAAUCUGGUUGGGGAGAAACUGUAUUAUAUUAGGACUUUUAGUUGUCGUUGUAUCUACCAGGACCAGACUGACUCGUAUCAGCCUGACCGUUUAAAGACUAGAGAACUGGAGACGGAGGUUAUUUCAGAAUGACCAGCAGCUGAUCUGUUAUGAGACUUGAUGAUGGUGUAUAAAUCCUCCUGUGGAUUUGAGUUUAAGAUGAACCUUUAGUUUACUGUAACCUCUUAUUACUAAUCAACUAAAGACCCAAUAGACUGUCUACAAUAUCAAUGUCCAUGUUAAAACACUUCCUUCCUCCACUGGUUUAACGAUGUGCCUUUUUUAAAAUAUGUUUUUUUCCCUGCUGUUUCCCACAAGUCUUUGUCCACAAGUGAUUAAAUCCAUUUUCUCAGUC